AUGAAGUCUGCAGGAAUCAUCCGUUCAGGGAAUACUGCCGCACAGCGUCAACUCGGUAGUUCCACUCUUGUCAGGAAUGCACUGUGGUCCAGACCCAUGGCUGCCUCAACGGUUGCUCGUCGUGGAUUUGCUCAUGUACACGAUCACAACUGCAACCACGACCACGACCAUACCCACCACCACCACCAUGAGCCCAAGAAGCAGUCGCCCUUUUCCCUUGGAGCCAAUACCCGGUCACCCAAGAAGAAGGUUGCCAAGGAGAUCAUGCCCAAGCCUACAAAGGCCAUUGAAUACUGCGAGAACCUCGUUCGUAAAGCAGAUUAUGAGGGCUUCCUUUGUUCACAGUUUUUCCCAGCACACCAAAAGCCUACACAACUGGCCCUCCGAGCAUUCAACAUCGAGCUGGCCUCGAUCCGAGAGUCGGUGAGCAACACGGAUAUUGGACGCAUGCGGAUGCAGUUCUGGAGAGACUCACUGGACAAGGUCUUUGCAGGCAUGCCACCACAACAGCCCGUCGCUCUGGCACUUGCCCAUGCUAUUCAGGAACAGGAGCUCCGCCACCAGCAACAAGGAGGAAGCGGCGACUCUGAGAUGUCAUUGAUCUGGUUCAAAAGAAUGAUCACGGAGCGGGAGCAGAACUUGUCCGAUCCACAGUUCAUGACUUUGGCACAAAUGGAGACAUACUGCGAGAACACGUUUGGGUCGUUGCUAUACCUGCAGUUGGAAUCUGUGGGCGUCAAGUCGUUGGAGGCAGAUCAUGCAGCUAGUCAUAUGGCCAAAGCUAUGGGCAUUGCUACCAUGUUGCGUGCCUUCCCCUUUCAUAUGCACCAGAAUCGCAUGGUUAUCCCCGCCGAGAUCACCGCCAAGCACAACUUGUCGCAGGAGGCGCUGUUCAGGAACCCAACAAUCACACCGGCUCUUCAGGACGCAACACUGGAAGUAGCAGCAGCGGCUCAUGUCCACUUGGCAACCGCACAGUCAUACAUGGGCAACUUGCCUCAGGAAGCACUGCCUGUUUUGAUGGCAGGAAUCCCAACAGAGUCGUACCUCACCCGGCUAGAGAAGGCGGAUUUCAACCCUUUAGCACCCAACAUUCAGCAGCGUGAGUGGUUCCUCCCCGCCAAGCUCUGGUACCGGUUCCGUCAGGGCAAGCUUCUCCACAUCGAGUAG